AUGAGGAAAUAUGAUGAUAAAAAGGAGCCUGUUCAAGAUGAUACUCCUUUUGGUGAUGAUGAUGAUGACAAUGAUGAUAAGUUGAGAGAAUUAGCUAGAAAAUUUGAAGAGAAAUAUGGUCCAAAAAUUGGAAAAAAGAAAAAAAAGAAAUUUGGAAAAUGGGAAGAUUAUAUAGAUCGUGGAAUGGGAUAUGAUGAAAAUGAUUCCUUUAUAGAUAAUGAUGAGGCUUAUGAUGAACUUGUCCCAUCUACGUUAACGACCCAAUAUGGUGGAUUUUACAUCAAUUCGGGUGGCCUGGAAUUCAGAGCUGUGUCGGAUUCGGAUUCUGAAGAGUUUACAGACGAACAGAAACCAAGGAAAAAGAAGAGAAGAUUGAUGGAUAAAGACACCCGACGAAGGAGAAGAUUAAAAGAAGGUGAACAUGUUCCAAAGAAAAGAGGAAGAAGACCUCUAGAUAAGUCAUUUAGUGCCUUACAGUUAUCAAGAAAAAAGAGACAGCCGACUGUUGCAGCUCUAUUGCAGCAACAUAAGUCACAGUUGCAAGUGGAACCAAUUGUUAACGAAAAUUCAUUCCAGUCAGAAAAUGGUGAAGAAUGUGCUGAAGAUAAUGUGAAAGGAGACAUUAGUUUAAAUGAAGUUGUAGAUUCUGUCGUUAAGUCUAAUGAAGAGAGAGUUAAUAAUGGAAAUGCAGCAUUGACUGCAGGAAGCAGUGAUAGCGAUGAGCAUAUUAGACUUGCAAUAGAACAGAUUAAUGCUCCUAAACUACCAGAUAAUUUAUCAUCAGAUCUCGAAGCAAUGAUAACUAAAUUGAAACAAGUAAGUAGAUUUAGCAAAUACACAGAUAAUUCAAAUAGAGCACGAUCAUAAACUGAUUUUAAAAUUUUAAAUUAAAAUAAAAUGUAAAUACACUAAGAUUAUGUGUAGAAUUUUCUGUUAUGCUUAUAAUGUAAUAAUUGAAUUUUAUAAGUACACAAUGUUACAAGUACAUUAAAAUUGGGAAUGUUUGAAUAGUGUGAGAUCCGAAUUACCCCUGGGUCUAAUUAACAAUUUAAAUAUAUAGCUAAAAUAAUGAAGUAAAAUAUUCUUUCAUUUUGGUGUGAAAAUAUCGUUUUUCUAACGUGGGAAAACUGAUAAAAGAGCCACUUCCUUUAACGGAAGUAGACACAUCCUUUUGUUUUCCACUUAUCUAUCACAAAUUCACCACCCUGGGAAUUGUCGACCCCUCAAUAAUUUCCCUUUUCAUCCGGUCACGUAAGAGAAUACAAAUAUGCUGAUUGGUCAUAAAUCUGGAGAUAUAGUCAAAGAUCUGCAUGAUUCAGGGAGUACGUCCGAAGAUCUCAUAGGAAAAGGAGGUAUCCCAUACUCGUUCCCUAAGGCUAACACCCUUAGUUAGGAGUACGAAAAAGAUCUCAGAGAAGACCGACGUAGUCCAUAUUUGCUCCACAACGCCCUUAGUUGUAUCCAAUUGAAUAUAAUAAUGAGUUAAUUUAGGAGUAAAAGAAGAACUUUUAAUAUUGUGCCAAAUCAAGACCUCUCCAUGAAACGAAGUAUGAUCAUCGAAUACAGAUGAACAUAAAGACAAAGUAAACUUUGAGGUAGUGUGAUUAUAAAUGAAUUUGGGAGCUCUCUCUCU